AUGAAAGCAACAGGCGAUGUACCUUCUGACAGCACAAGUGAGGAGAAGAAUUCGAAGGAGAUUACGGAGAAAGAGUCAAUAGCCGAGGAAAAUGAAUCCAAAGAUUCCGAAGAGACUGGGCCGAAGAAACCCAUGCAGUCAGAAACGAAUGAAUCAAAAGAAUCUAAGGAAAAUGAGCCUAAAGAGGACGGAACGUUCAAGGAGCCUAUACUGAAAAAACGCGCUGCUGAAGAUUCCGAUGAGGCUCCAGAUGCGAAGAAGCCUAAAGGUACGAGUUAA